AUGGGGCUGCUCGCUUUGGGAACCCCGCUGGAGUGGCCAGAGGCCAAAAAGGUCGCCAGUAAAGUCCGAUCCUGGGGUAUCGAACAACUCCUUGCUAUUUGGGGAAACGCCAAGGGCAAAGAGAGGGCAGCAUUGCUCUGGGGUGACGAGAUCGAAUAUCUUGUCGUGUGCUACGAUGAGCAGAACCGCAAGGUCCGUCUGUCGCUGCGACAAGCCGACAUUCUCGCCGCGCUAGCAAACGACGAGAAGCUGCUGCAAGAAGGCGGCGGCGUCCCUGAUGUGCAAAGAGGCCCUGUCAAGGAGGCCGAGACUACCGCCCCUGUCUUUCAUCCCGAGUUCGGCCGCUUCAUGCUGGAAGCCACCCCUGGAAAGCCAUGGGGUAUCGGUUUCAAAGACCUACUCGAUGUUGAACCCAACAUGAAGUGGAGACGAACAAUAGCCAGAGAACACAUGGAGAAAACCGAGUAUCCAAUCACUCUGACCACCUUUCCACGGCUCGGCUCGCCUGACUGCAUAGUGCCAUCGUACCCUGCAUCCGGCCCGAAGCUACGAUCUCAGUAUGUACCCGAUGAGAUCGCUAACCCGCAUAUUCGCUUCCCGACCUUGGCAGCCAACAUCCGCUGGCGAAGAGGCAGGAAAGUUGAGAUCAAUGUACCUGUUUUCAGAGACGAGAAGACCCAAUGGCCCUUCAAAGAUCCCACUGUGAAUUAUGACCUCCAUCAAUGGCCUGAGGAUGACGAUGUUCGCAAUGGCGCUGCCAAGGACAACCACAUCUACAUGGAUGCCAUGGCGUUUGGUAUGGGAAGCUGCUGCCUGCAGAUAACAUUCCAAGCCAAGAACAUUCAAGAGGGUCGCACGAUGUACGAUCAGCUGAGCCCUCUUGGCCCAAUCUUGCUUGCAUUGACGGCUGCGACACCGAUCUAUAAGGGUUUCCUCGCUGACACUGAUGUUCGAUGGAAUCAAAUCAGUCGAGCAGUAGACGAUCGAACACCAGAAGAGCUUGGCGAGAAGCCCCUCGAGAACGACAGAUGGCGGCUGCCAAAGUCCCGCUAUGCAUCUAACUCAACAUACAUAUCGCAGGAUCCACGCCUAAGGCGCGAGUACCUCGAUCCAGAUCUGGUGGUCGAUGAAGACAUCAAGAAGCGCCUAGUGGAAGGCGGCAUGGACGACCUCCUUGCCACACACUUCGCGCAUCUCUUCAUCCGCGACCCCAUCGUCGUCUUCGCUGAAGAUCUCGAAACACUGGACCUCUCCAAAGCCGACCAUUUCGAAAACCUCCAAUCCACCAACUGGCAACACAUGCGUUUCAAGCCACCCCCGCCCAACUCCGACAUGGGCUGGCGCGUCGAGUUCCGCCCCAUGGAAAUCCAAAUCACCGACUUCGAAAACGCCGCCUUCAGCAUCUUCAUCGUCCUCAUCACGCGCGCAAUCCUAAGCUUCAACCUAAACUUCUACCUCCCCAUCCAGCGCGUAACAGAGAACAUGGAAACCGCUCACAAGCGCGACGCCCUGUCGACCGAGAAAUUCUGGUUCCGCAAGAACCCCUUUGGCUCGCACUCACACUCGACGGGGACGUCCACUCCCGCCGAAGGCAGCCGCCCGCCCACGCCCUUCGGCCCCGUUGAAGACGAAUACGAGCAGAUGACCAUCAAUGAAGUCAUCAACGGCCAGACGUCCGCCGACAGUGGCAAGGACUGCUUCCCGGGUCUGAUCCCCCUCGUAGAGAGCUACCUCGACAGCAUGAACGUCGACGUCGAGACGCGCUGCGAGCUUGCUCGGUACCUGGAUUUGAUCCGCAAGCGCGCGGACGGGACGUACUGGACGGCGGCGAAGUGGAUUCGGCAUUUUGUGCAGAGCCAUCCAAAGUAUGAGAAGGAUAGCGUGGUUGGGGAGGAGAUCACGUUCGAUCUUGUGAAGGCGGCGGAGCAAAUUACGAGGGAGGAGGAGGGAUGGGCUUGGGUGGGAGAUGUUGGGGCGGAAAAGGUGAGGACGUUGCGGCAGGGAUGGAGGGGGAGGACGGGUGUGUUUGCAUAG